AUGGCCACGGACGGAUUGAUUCGAGAUGAUCCACAUCGACGCAUGGCACAUAUUGCCGAGAUGCUUUCCAAGGUUCGUGUAGCAGAAGAACAAGAGCAUCAGCCAAAUGAUAUAGGAGAGGGUGUGGAUCCCAUCAUGCAGCUGGUGGCUAUAAGGAGAUUAUCAUUGUUGCUCGAUGAACACUUUGACGAACUGCAGUUGGAAAACCUUGGCAGAAUGUGGGAAUCUGCAGUCAUUACAUUGAUGCCAGCAAGAAGUUUCAACACUUCUGCCUCUGCACUCUACAAACAACGGAAACGUCGAACCAAAGGAGACAUAAUGGCCAAUGAUGGAUUUGCCAUUUCUCUGCACCAUGAAAACAGUGUCACAAUUCGCAUACCAGUCGUUUUUAGGGACGGAGAACUCUUGUCGCAUCUGAGACGUCAUGUCAAGGAUUAUGCAAGCUUGAUGUCAUUAGGAUUGGAUGGCUUCUUUCCUCGAUCUUCUUCCGCUGCCAAUGAAUUUGUGUAA